AUGAAUCCAACGUUAAUUGAGGGAACUAGUGAAACAGCUCCAUUACGAGCUGGAGCACGUACAACAUAUUACUUACCAGUUGAAACAGCUAGUAAAACAUUUGGCACAACUUAUUUUCUUAUCUCAACUCUACUCGCAUCGAUUAUCCCAAUAAUUGAACUUGCUAUUGGCUUAAGCUAUAAAGGACAAUGUCCUAUCGAUCAACGCAUUCCAACAUACAUGAUCGUAGCUGGCAUCUGUGGUCUUGCACUUGUUGGUCUUUCUGUUCUCCUAGCCUUAACGUUCAUGUGCUUCAUAUCGGAUUCAACCGCAUUGACCAUAUUCGCUAGCUGUGGCAUAUGUCUAAAUAUCUUUGUAACAGUGCUCAUAUCAGUAUUUGUUUUCAUCUGGUUUAUCCUGGGAUGCGUCUGGGUAUUCAGUGUUCAUAGCACAGUCCAAUUUAAUGAUAUAAACAAGCCAAAUUAUUGUCAACCGGUUUUGUACAAAUGGACAUUCGCUUUAUUAAUCAUAACUAUCGUUUGGGCAUUUCUUCAAUGCUGUUUAUCAUGCUUUCGACAAUGCUGUACUGGACGAAGCACUUAA